CAGCUGACUGGUAUUUGUCAAGUAUGGAGAAAUAAGACGUGGCAACCCUUUCCAUCCUUGAACCAAGGAAGAUCAUUCUUUACAUUAAACAGUUUAAACGAUACAAUUGUUGUCAGCGGAGGGUUAACUCCAGAAACAUCAAGCAGUAUGGAGAUAUACAAUAAAACAGGAGAGAAAUGGGAACAGCUGAGUAUUGAAUUAACUUUUGCUAGAUAUCAACAUUGUGCUGUUGACAUUAGCGGAAAACUAUUGAUAAUGGGUGGAAAGGCUGAAGCAUCAGUAACAGAAACAGUGGAACAAUACACAAUAAACUUAGCUACAUUAGAAGCUAGUAAUAUUACGAAGGCAAAUAUGCUAACUGAAAGAUACAUGUUCUCUUGUGCUGUCUUUGAGAACAAUGUGUAUAUUUCUGGUGGCACUGACACAUAUGAUGAUUCUGUGGAUAUGUAUGAUGUUGAUAAGGAUGUCUGGACACGAUUAACGACAACGCUCAAUGAUGGAAGUUCAUAUUAUCGCCAAAUUAUUAAUCUGAAUGGAGCUUUGUAUCUUUUUGCCAAGGUGACAGAAGUCUACAAGGAUGGCAUCUGGAGUCUUGUCAAUGAUUCAACUAUAUCUGAAAAUGAUUUCUUCAACAUGGUGGUUGUACCUUGUGAGAACUACCUUUGUGGAUAAAUGUUCACUAAAUAUUUAAUGGAUUUCAUUCCACAUCGCAAUGUUGAUGGAAACAAUUGCUAGAAUCGAAAUUAAAUUUGUGAAACUUUC